CCCUACUCCGAGUCAUUCUAUAGUGAAGAUGACCACGCCCCAGAACAGCCAUUACCCCUCAAGGAUAAAGAUCACCAUAUCUCUAUGCAGUCAGCAUCAUCAUCAUCAUCAUCAGAACCCUCACAUUCAUUGGAUUUGCCGUCUCAUCAGCAGAGUGUUGACCCGCUCUUAUCCUCAGAGCAGCUGCACUCAUCACCAGCACCUCCACCAUCUCUUCCCCCCAGGGCAACCCAGCUGCGGAGGCCAGCCACCACUCGCCGUGAUGGUAGCCCACUGCCGCCCCGACGCAUGUGGUCUGAGGAGGAGGAGAGACGUCUUCUCCAGCUAUUUGUCGAGUAUGGGCCAAAAUGGAGGAUCCUGCAGCUGAUGGAUAAGGAACAUUCAGAUGGUGCAGUUCUACAGGACCGUAGUAAUGUUGAUCUGAAGGACAAGAUCCGAAACAUGAAGGUGCGCUAUGAAAAAGCAAAUAAGAUCCUGCCACCAAAUUUCGAAAAGAUCCAUCUAGGUCCCAAGGAGAAGAGGGUAGUGGAGACAUACACAGCCAUUAUAAAGCAACUAAAACGCUGA